AUGGCUCCUGUUCGUCGACCCGUAUCCGGGAGCGUGCGACCUCCGAAGUCCAUCUUGAAAAAGACGUCCAAGGCUAGUGAAGCAAGUGCCACACCAAAGUCUGAACUGCUCUUCCCGUCCUCGAAGAAAGACAAGCGUCGAAUUAAACAUGCCGAGCUCAUGAACAAAGUUGCGAAAUCGUCUGCCAAAACUCCCAAACGAAGGCGGCCAAACAAGAAACUUGUCGCAACCCUUGAUUCCUUAGCAGCUGCUCUUCCGGAUGACGAUACACGGGACAAUAGUGUUGCACAUGGGACAGGUGCAUCUGCAGGCGACAGGCCUCAAGACCAGGUCAAUAUCAUCAGGCGAAAGAGUAUAAAGUCUCGGCCAGGCGCACUGAAAAGGAGGGAGAAACUCGAUAAAGGUGAACGAGAUCGAUUUGCGAAGAACAUGGCGCAACUUGCGGCACCAAGGCCAGCAACUGGAGGCGCAGCAAAUCCAUCUGGUAACGCUGCUGGUGGUGUCGGAGGUACCACUGCUUCCAUUCCGUCGACAAGUGAGAGGUGGGCUGCCCUGCGAGGGUUCAUCUCCCAGACUUUGGAGACGAAGCCUGAGUUGAAGAGCGCGACUUGA